AUGCGUAAGUUAGCGGAACAGGUACUAACCGUAGGAGGUGCAGAAGGGGCGCGAGGAGGCGCGCACGCACGCGGACAGCACCAUUGCGCGGGACGGGCGGCGGGCAGGGCUCGGGGCUACACACGCGCGGCAAUGUACACACCGGAGCGGCUCGCUCUCCGCGAAGGCCUGCGCGAGACUACGCCGGCGCCCGGCGCACGGCCGACGGCGCUGCCACGACCUGCCCCCACCCUGCUCCCCGCGCACCAGCGAAUUAAAAAUUUCAACUUUUUGUUCGAAUCCGUUUCUUUUUCCGCCCUUAGUGAAUUUUUUUCGCGCUCCUCGCCAUUAUUUCGAUUACCUGAGAUGAUUUUUUUCGUACGCGAUGCGCGUUUAAAAGCUGUU